GAUAAGUUCACUUUUCCCAGGACACAACUGGACUUCAUCGAAGCAAUGGUGCACGGCACUGUCCACAACGUCCAGCCAGAUAAAAUCAACAAGGUAUAUGUAGAUUCAGGACUGAAGAUCUUGGCAAUGGGUGCAGUGUGGGAUUACUUGCAGAUCAAGACAGAAGAAUUGGAUCUUGACUUCGAUAGUUUGGAUAUCACCGAGGUGAUGAACAGAUUGAGGGGCCACGAGAAAUGUCACGGGUACGGCCCAGCCUAUCCGUUGGACUUGGUGAACCAAGCUCUUUCCGAUGUGUUAGAUCUCUGA